GAACCGCCUCCUCCACCAGUCAACAUUGAGCAGCCCCACGGUCCCAUGUAAUUCCCAUUACUGCGGGCGGCUCCUCUGUUAGUCGAGCCUCGUUUCUUAGCAAUAAUCCUGUGAAAUUUCCUUACCUCGCGUUUUAAACUUCGACACAAGAUCGGCAGGACGACGGGGACGCCUCGAGGAAAAACAAAUAAGCUAUGGCGGCCAUAAGGAAAAAGCUGGUGAUCGUGGGAGAUGGAGCCUGUGGGAAGACUUGUCUCCUUAUUGUGUUCAGCAAAGACCAGUUUCCAGAAGUCUACGUGCCUACUGUGUUUGAGAACUACAUUGCAGACAUCGAAGUAGACAGCAAAACGGUGGAGCUGGCAUUGUGGGAUACAGCGGGACAGGAAGACUAUGACCGCCUGAGACCUCUGUCGUAUCCAGACACGGACGUCAUCCUCAUGUGCUUCUCUAUAGACAGCCCUGACAGUUUAGAGAACAUCCCAGAAAAGUGGACGCCCGAGGUGAAGCACUUCUGCCCGAACGUUCCCAUAAUCCUCGUGGGGAAUAAGAAGGAUCUACGGAACGACGAACACACACGGAGAGAGCUGAGCAAGAUGAAGCAGGAGCCUGUUAAACCGGAAGAAGGCAGAGACAUGGCGAAUCGCAUCAGCGCCUUCGGCUAUCUGGAGUGCUCGGCCAAAACUAAAGACGGCGUGAGGGAGGUAUUCGAAAUGGCCACCAGGGCGGCGCUGCAAGUCCGCAAGAGGAAGAAGAGGAGCGGAUGCCUGCUGUUGUGAGAGAAUCUUCCGGUCGUCUCGCGAAUGAUCCGGAAUUUUCUGUAUCAACCCCCAGCUCACCAGGAUAUACCAAACUCAAGAAAUAUUUUCGACCAAACGGCAUAGAUACACUGUACUGUAUGUCACAUUUCAUGCAAAACUAACAGUCAAAUAUGCAUUAAACGAGGGCUGGGUGGAAAGUUAGGUUAGAUUUAUGUUACAUGCCUUGAUUUAGUUUUCCUCAAUGGCACAAUGUUUCUCAGUCAGCGUACAAAAAGUUUUCUUCUCAUCUUAAGCUCAUCCUGUAAGAUUGGGAUCAAUAGUAACUGUAUUGUAUUUUUGCACAUUAAUCAAUGAAACAUCAUAACCGCAACAAAUCUGAGACUUUUUCUUUCCUGAAACUUCCUAAACUUUUACAGAUAAUUGUAUUCUACCAUAAAUAAAUGUUUGUGAAUAUUCCCUGCAGAAUUUGAAUGUACUUUGCAAAAAAAUAGUUUUGAACUUCUCAUGGACUUAACUCGCUUUUCUAGAUGUAAAAACGACCAAUGAAAUAUAUUUAAAACUGCAAAGGCUCUAGUAAUAUUAACUAUAUUUAUAUCUUGACUACCCUUAAAGUCUUAAAUUCAAGGAAAUGUAAUAUAUAGUUAAAAGCCAUUACAGGAUCGAACCCCUUUUGUAUUACUCUGUUUGUCCUCCGCAUGCAUAAACAUGCGUACCGAACUGGUUAAACCUGUCCUGGUUCAUCAUCAGAGACAGGGCUGCCAUCGCCCAAUACAUCUGCAUUGUCCUGACACUAAAGUAUUAAAAACAAAUAUAUUAAUGCAAACACUAAAUGUUUAGUCGUGAUCGCCUCUGAGCUUUUACAGUACUCAGAAAUGUCAAAUAAAUACACAAUGUGGUGAGUUUAUGGAGGUUUGUUUGGCAAAUAUGGAGAGGUUUCGAGUGCCUUCUGAGUUCAAACAGAAAGCGUGUGCCUUUGGUUAUCUGUCUUUUAAUGCAUACCAGUUGAAAAGCAAGUAUUGAGUGCUUUUGAUUUGGGUCGGAGGGACGUUUAUGUGCACAUGAUCAGUGUUUUGCACUGCAUGACAGUUUAGUUGAGAUGUUAGUAGCUUUCAAUUGUUAAAUGUUUCACUGACGUCCCUUAAUAGUGCCAUGGGGCGUUUGAUUCGAGCUCACAAGUUAGAUGUAAAAUUAUAAGCUCCCUGCGAGACUAUACCAAUUCUUUCAUUGGGUGUUUUCUUUCUUUCGGGUUUUUCGAGACAUUAUGCCAUUAAAUUCCAGGCUGCGUCAUUGAAAGGCCCCUGGUUUUGGGCCAGUUUGAAUGUGACAAUGUUUUCUACAUUCUGAAUCCAGCUUUGAAAUGUUGGGUGUUUGUCGGGGCAGCGUGAUCCAGCCUAUACAGGGCAUUAUUAACAUACUUACUGUAAUGCACUGACUGUACAAUAAAAUGCACAAGCAACAUCCUAUUACACAAACUAGGCAACGCUAUUCACAAAAUAUGAGGAAUGUGUUUAUCUUU